AUGGCAGCAGGGGCAGCAGCGGGAGCCUGGGUGCUGGUCCUCAGUCUCUGGGGGGCAGCAGUAGGCGACCGAAACAUCACAGCCCGGAUUGGGAAGCCACUGGUGCUGAACUGUAGGGGGGCCCCCAAGAAACCACCCCAACAGCUGGAAUGGAAACUGAACACAGGUCGGACAGAAGCUUGGAAGGUCCUGUCUCCCCAGGGAGGCUCCUGGGAUAGCGUAGCUCGAGUGCUCCCCAAUGGCUCCCUCCUCCUGCCGGCAGUAGGGAUCCAGGAUGAAGGGACUUUCCAGUGCCGGGCAACGAGCAGGAAUGGAAAGGAGACGAGGUCUGCCUACCAAGUCCGAGUCUACCAGAUUCCGGGGAAGCCAGAAAUUGUCGAUCCUGCUUCUGAACUCAUGGCUGGUGUCCCCAGUAAGGUGGGGACAUGUGUGUCCGAGGGGGGCUAUCCUGCAGGGACUCUUAAUUGGCACUCAGACGGGAAACCCCUCAUACCUGAUGGCAAAGGAGUGUCUGUGCAAGAAGAGACCAGGAGACACCCUGAGACAGGGCUUUUCACACUCCAGUCGGAGUUGAUGGUGACCCCAGCCUGGGGAGGAGCUCCCCACCCCACCUUCUCCUGUAGCUUCAGCCCUGGACUUCCCCGGCAUCGAGCCCUACACACGGCCCCCAUCCAGCUCAGAGUCUGGGAGCCUGUGCCUCCGGAGGUCCAAGUGAUGGUACAGCCAGAAGGUGGGAAAGUAGUUCUCGGUGGUACCGUGACCCUGACCUGUGAAACCCCUACCCAGUCCUCCCUUCAAAUCCACUGGAUCAAGGAUGGCGUGAGGACCAGGGAACCUAUAGCUGCAUCACCACCCAUCCCAGCCAUGGGCCCCAGGAAAGCCCUGCUGUCCGUGUCGUCGUCGAAGCAGAGGAGGGGCCGAUCGCAGGUGAGGGGUUGGAAGCAGAUGGCCCCAACUGACUGGGGGAUGGAUGGUCAACAAGAAAGUAAUGGAAGGCCCCAGAAAAUAAGGAGGAGGAGGAGCGCGCAGAGCUGA